AUGGACCCCGCUACACAGGAUGCCAUUGAAACAAUGCGGCAGCUUCAGAAGUUGUCAAGAGAACUGCAGCCCGUCAAGACUGCACUGGCGGCGCUCCUAAAGCGUGAGCGUGUCAACCCUAACCCUCUAGCAGCAGCGGGGUCAGUGGACAAGAUAGCCUUGCGCGUGCUCGAUGUCUCCCGCAAGUACAGUGCGUUUUUUGAUCGGGCAUCUUACCUAUUGAACUGUGAGUUGCCACGUCUGCAGCGUCUGACGCCACUCUUGGAGGUGUCCGAGAAAAAUAGGGUUGAUUCCGCUCAGAAUGGCCACGAAAAAGCCGAGGUUCACCAGGACGCAUUUCGGCACGUCUGCUCACCGAAUGUGCCGCACAUUAUGCGGCCAAUGAAUUAUCACAUGGUUCAAGAGACGUUGCGGCUGCACAUGGAGAUGGUUGACUAUCUCAUCGCCACAGAGCGCUAUCAGUUGGCGCGUCGUGUAGCAGACGCCUAUGGGCUGCCGCUCUACUGGUUCCCGAAGUUAGUCACGCUUGCGCUUCCUGCAUUGCCGCCGAUUCAAGGUAAUAGCAACAACAAUACCACCACCAGUGAGGAAAGAGGACGAGACUCGGGCUCGCUCUCUGCAUCCACCUUUGUCUCGCCGUUCCUUACAGCCACCGCCACAGAGGAAGCGCCGAUGUCGAUCCCCGCCGCUCUGGAACCCGUACAAAUAGCGAUUCAGUGCAUUGAGGGGAGGCAUUCCGUCACGGAGGCUAUUGCGUACUGCGAGGAGCGGCUUUUAUCUGCCUUGGAAUGCAUUGAUACAGCUCAGCGGCGGAAAAUAACGGAGGUGUUGGAUGAUUUGCUGAUAGACCUUCACGCCACACGAUUGCUGCAAAUAUAUCGUGAUGGGCGGGCAGACCAGCAAAGCAUUAUUCAGUACAUCGCAGCUCAUCUUCUACCGAGAGCCAUGCACAGGCCCAUAUUUGUUCAGACCAUUAUUAACACCGUGACACUCCACGAGCCGUACACUUCGGAAAUGUCACGCGCGGACGGCGGUGGUCAACGUUCACCAACGCCCAAAUCCAAGAAAGUCAUUGCAGCAAAUAAGGACGCGGCACAGCUCGUGGCCUCCAUGAUGUCCGUGGAGGGUUACCAUAAGCUCGCAAUGUCGUUUCAUAGGGUAGUCGUUCUGGUGGGCUCGCAGAUGGUGGCCAUGAUUGGGUCUGUCCGGCGAGACUUGGGAUUUGCCUCGGAGGAGAAUGACCAGAUGAACGAGUGGAGGCACACGCUUCCGGAUCUCGCCACUCGCAUUGUUGCCACCUCCAUCUUUCUAAAGGACGAGUAUCUUGACCGCAUGGUGGUGGAGCGGCGCGCCAGUGUGGGUCCACUCGUCGCGCCCAUUUCGGAGAGUCACUUGAACACGCAGUCGGGUUCAGCCGCAUUCGAUGAGGCUAUGAUAGCCGUCGUGGAGGAAACACUGAGCCGACUUCCGGGACUGAGGCCGCACAGCAGCAGCAAUAGCAAUAGUAACAACCUGGCCCCUCUUACCGCCACAGAGCUUCUUGCAGCGGAGGAAGAGUGGAGCAACAAUGUUCUCUUCAUUAAGCGGCCCACGCGCUUCUAUUGCUACUUCACAAAGGAAUGUUUUGAUGGAGGAACGGGAGGAAAUUACCCAAUUGCGCUUCCUAAUGGCACCGUUGUGUCCAAGGUCGCGAUGAUGCAGAGCUGUUUGAAAAAAACCGGCGAGGGUGACCGCUCCCAGUCAAUUGUGGUGUGUCCACGAACAAAAGAGGAGUUCUCCUUCUCGUCAUUGAAACGCAUAUUCGUGACGUGA